GGCACAUUCUUCCUGAGCACAGCACGCCCUCCUUGUGCAAGAACUCUGAGCCCCAGGUGCAGGAGGCUGAGGCCUGCAGAGAGACUUGCAGAGAGACCCAGCAAGCCAUGGUGUUUCCAUGGAGAUGUGAGGGUACUCACUGGGGCUCGAGGAGCAUCCUGAAGCUGUGGGUCUGGACACUGCUCUGUUGUGACUUCCUGACACACCAUGGAACUCACUGUUGGACUUACCAUUAUUCUGAAAAGCCCAUGAACUGGGAAAAUGCUAGAAAGUUCUGCAAGCAAAAUUACACAGAUUUAGUCGCCAUACAAAACAAAAGAGAAAUUGAGUAUUUAGAGAAGACAUUGCCCAGAAGCCCUUAUUACUACUGGAUAGGAAUCAGGAAAAUUGGAAAAAUGUGGACAUGGGUGGGAACCAACAAAACUCUCACUAAAGAAGCAGAGAACUGGGGUGCUGGGGAGCCCAACAACAAGAAGUCCAAGGAGGACUGUGUGGAGAUCUAUAUCAAGAGGGAACGGGACUCUGGGAAAUGGAACGAUGACGCCUGUCACAAACGAAAGGCAGCUCUCUGCUACACAGCAUCUUGCCAGCCAGGGUCUUGCAAUGGCCAUGGAGAAUGUGUGGAAACUAUCAACAAUCACACGUGCAUCUGUGACGCAGGGUAUUACGGGCCCCAGUGUCAGUAUGUGGUCCAGUGUGAGCCUUUGGAGGCCCCUGAGUCGGGUACCAUGGACUGCAUCCACCCCUUGGGAAACUUCAGNUUCCAGUCCAAGUGUGCUUUCAACUGUUCUGAGGGAAGAGAGCUACUUGGGACUGCAGAAACACAGUGUGGAGCAUCUGGAAACUGGUCAUCUCCAGAGCCAAUCUGCCAAGUGGUCCAGUGUGAGGCUCUGGAGGCCCCUGAGUCGGGUACCAUGGACUGCAUCCACCCCUUGGGAAACUUCAGUUUCCAGUCCAAGUGUGCUUUCAACUGUUCUGAGGGAAGAGAGCUACUUGGGACUGCAGAAACACAGUGUGGAGCAUCUGGAAACUGGUCAUCUCCAGAGCCAAUCUGCCAAAAGACAAACAGAAGUUUCUCAAAGAUCAAAGAAGGCGACUACAACCCCCUCUUCAUUCCUGUAGCUGUCAUGGUCACUGCAUUCUCGGGGCUGGCAUUUCUCAUUUGGCUGGCAAGGCGGUUAAAAAAAGGCAAGAAAUCUCAAGAAAGGAUGGAUGAUCCAUACUGAUUCAUCCUUUGUGAAAGGAAAGCCAUGAAGUGCUAAAGACAAAACACUGGAAAAUAACUUCAAGUCCUCCUAUGAAGAUUUUACACACAGGCAUCUCCCACAUUAGAAAUGCAGUGUUUGCUCAACGUAUCUGGAAGGAUUUCUACAUGGCCAACAGCUCCUCCUAAUUUCCUCUUGCUCAUUCAUCCCAUUAACCCUAUCCCAUAAUGUGUGUCUAUACAGAGCAGUAUUUUAUCAUCUUUUCUGUGGAGGAACAAGCAAAAGUGUUACGGUAGAAUAUAAAGAUAGCUGCUUUUACUAUUUCCUAACUCUUGUUUCCUAGUUCAGUUCAGCACCAAAGCUAAUGCCAAACACAGUGAAAAUAUGAUCCAUGUGUAAUUGAAAACUCAGACUCCUUGCGCAUAGUACGUACCCUAUGUAACAUUGACAAAAAUCUUUCAUUUCCACUUCCAAAGAACAGUGCUCUAUUCAAGUUGGGAAAGUCCUACUUCCUCUGUAGGCCCACUAUCUGUGAGUGACAGCCACUGUAGCUGUUCACAUUAACCUUCCCCAUCUCCUUUCCUAGGAGGCUAAAUUCCACACACGGCACCCCAUGAUGGCCACCAAACAUCAAAGGAGAGAAAAUCUCCUGCUUUGAGUUUUAGUUUUGAGUUUUCCCUUCUCUUUAUUAGAUCUCUCUAGGUUCCUUGAAGUCAGUGCUCUGAUGAUUAAUAGUUAAUGAUAACACAACCCACUCUCUUGGAGCUGAUGUUAUGAAGACAACAGGUAGAAAAAUUCCUGGGCUCAGGCUGGAGUGACACCCCUUUCUUUCCCUAACAUCUUCUACUCAGAUACCUAAAUUCUGUUCUUUAAGAUUCAGGAUAGCUGUCCCCAAUCCUUAUCACGUGUUUUAUAACUUGCUCCUUAACUUGCCCAGCCUGUAGCCUAUCUCAUUUUCUGGCUUCACUCUGCAAGAUUUAGAACAUGAUGCAUUUAAAUACAGCCUGAUUUUUAAAAAAAAAAUGUUACUUAGUCUGUUUGUAUACCAGAAUAUGUGUUGUUUUUUUCCUAGAUAAAAUUGUACCCUUCUUGAGGGGAGAGACUGUGUCAGA